UUGGCCGUAAACAGCGUGUUUGCAGCAAAACCGUAUAAAAGUUAGAGUAAUUCUCAAAAAAAAUACUCCUACGGCGUAGUAGAUUCUCAUCCGGAUCCCUCUCUAAAGUCCGUCAGCUGACACUGCCGGAGCCCCAGACGAAACGCACGCUAAGACCAGAGAGAGAGAUGGCUGACGCUGAUGCGAACUGCAAGAAGUACGGCGUCCCAUUCUACGGAGCGUCCUGGGUCCCCCCCACCGCCAUCAGAUCUGAACCCAACCCCACACCACUACCACCUCCCGAACAAGGAGAUGAAUCCUCUGGAGACGGAUCUCCCUCGAUCUCGGACGAUUACUCUCUGGUACUAUUUGCCGGAGGCGGCGGCGAAGGUCGCAGCGGCAUCCCCAACGCCCUCCUCCUCGCCCGCUUCGAUUUCGCCUCCAAUUCCCUCUCCGAUCACCCUGUGGCAAGGCUUGGAACUGGUACUGAUUUGCCUUACAGAAUGGCUGUCCACCCUGGAGGAGACGGUGUUAUCUGUUCCUUGCCAAAUAAUUGCAGAUACUUCGAAUGGGAAACAGUGAGCACUGAUGUUCUGGAACUGGGCCUAAUACUGUCGGACAGAGUCAUCGAUGAACUGGAAGACGUAGGGCAACAAUUGGCGUUGAAAUUUAACUAUGAUGGUUCUGUUCUUGCUCUAGGAGGCGAGGAUGGAAAGUUGAGGGUUUUCAAGUGGCCUAGCAUGGAAAUUAUUCUUGAUGAAGCUAAUUCUCAUGCCUCUGUGAAGGAUUUAGAUUUCAGCCCUGAUGGCAAGUUUCUGGUGUCAGUAGGAAGUGGUGGCCCUGGUAGGGUUUGGGAUGUAACAUCUUCGAAGCUGGUAGCUUCUUUGCCAAAGGAACAAGAUGAGGUUUUUGGCUUCUGCAGGUUUUCACGUAGUGACAAGAAUCCAGUUCUCUAUAUUACUUCAAUGCGAGGUCAAGGUGGAAGUAUUGUCAGAUGGGAGACUUCUUCGUGGAAGAGAGUGAGCACAAAGCAAGUUGUUCGAGACCCAGUUUGCGCAUUUAAUGUUUCAGCUGAUGGAAAGCUCCUUGCAGUAGGAACAAUUCAAGGUGAUGUUUUGAUUAUAAAUUCUGCCAAUAUGCACGUCCAGAAUGUGGUUAGGAAAGCACACCUCGGCCUUGUAACUGCUUUGAUGUUCUCCGAAGAUUCAAGGGCUUUGGUCUCUGCAUCCUUGGAUUCAAGUGCAAGGGUGACUGUAAUCAAGGAUGCCAAGAAAAAUGGAUUCAGCUUGUGGAUAGUUAUACUCGUCAUUUUGCUUGCAAUAGCUGGGUAUUAUGUGAAGACAGAAGGUAUUCUCCCUUAGAGACAUAUGUCUUGUGCUCAUGUGUCUCUAGAAUGUGAUAUGCGUAACUUUAGUAUCCCAAACAAGUUGAUUUUUCUCGAACGGAGCUCAAAUUGUAUCUUGAUGUAUAACUAUUCGAUUAAUCGGAGGCUUGUUUGAGCAAAGCAGUUUUGAGUGCCAGUGGCCUAACAGACCUGCAUCAUACGAAUAUUUUUAUUGACAAGUUGAAAAUAAGGCUCGUGUCAUCUUAUUGUGAUUCAA